AUGCCAAACCUGGACCUUCUCCUCCUCAAGGGGCCCUCGUCGGGCAACAUUGCGCAGAGCCUUGAUGACCUCCGCUACACGAUCUUGACUACCGGAGUCCCGGCAAACAGCGAUGGCAUGUCUGAGCUCCGCAUCUACAUCUGGCUCAUUCUCCUCAACGCGCCCCCCAUCCGCUCAGAAAUCUACCUCGACCUCGUCCGACAAGGCGCCUCACCCGCCUACGCCAAGAUCCGCAAUGACACCUUCCGCACGCUCGCGACCGACCCUCUCUUCCGGCGGCGCGUAACCGAGAACAGCCUGACACGGGUCCUAAACGCCGUAGCCUGGAAACUGCACGAUGCGCACGAGGCGCGCGUGAACGGGUGGAUGUCACCGCCGACACUCUCGAUGCACAACGGCGACUUCGGCGGCAGCCCGGACGUGUCGCUGCGGUCGCGGAGCUCGCUGGCCGGAACAGUCACCGAGGGCAGCGAGGCCGGCGCAGGCGCGCACGAGACCAUGGUUGGGUACGUGCAGGGGAUGAACGUGCUGGCGGCGCCGUUCCUGUACGCCGCGCGCAGCGAGACGGAGGCGUUCGUCGCGUUCGAGCGCUUCAUCACGCGCGAGGUGCCGGGGUACGUGCGGGGGAGUAUGGACGGCGUGCACAAGGGGCUUGCGCUCGUAGAUGCUGUGCUUGAGAUUGUGGACCCCAAGCUGUCGAAGCAUCUGUUGGGCAAGGGGAUGAAGGCAGAGAUAUAUGCUUUUGCGUCGGUGCUAACUAUGUGUGCGUGUACGCCGCCGCUGCCGGAGGUCCUGCUGUUAUGGGACUUUUUGCUGGCGUACGGGAGCCACUUGAAUAUUCUGUGCAUUGUGGCCCAGUUGGUUCUCAUCCGGGACCAGAUCUUGGGCAGCCCUAGUCCGAAUCAAGUACUCCGCCAGCUGCCGCCCCUGCAGGCUUCGAAGGUCUCUGCAAUUGCGCUGACGUUUGUGCCGAAGAUACCGGAAGAUGUCUAUGAGCAGAUCGUCAAUCAUGCCAAGUGA